ACAUAUUGACUAUGACUUUCAGAGAUCGAGAAACAAUAAUUUUCUCUCAGGCUCGGCCGCGCUCAGGAUUGUCAGGAAGGCGGGGAAUGUCAAGUUUCUCCACAAUCACGGUUUGGUCAAAGGCAAUCAAUCGUCUUGAUGUCUCGGGAUGUCUAACCCACCCAGAAAGCCUAGUUGGUCAAAACGGGACUCCACUGGAAGUGUGCAGCAAAAUCGUUUACUAGACCUGGCCAACGUUUCUGCAUCCAGCAUGAACGGCACAAAUCCAGGAGAAACUGGCGAUGUGCAGGUCAGUCGGAGCUUGUCCUUCUCCAAGGAGACCACCCAGGGUUUGCAGGAUUCUUGUCCCUCAACACCUCAGUCACAGACCUUUGAAUCACCAUCAAACAGUGGGGGUAUUGAUAUACCAUUAACAACAGGUGGAGAUGGAACUCAAGUGGGCGUGGUUGGGGGUGGGAGCUCCUCAUCAGGAGGAGAGCAUCAAUCCCCAUCUCUUGUAUCUGUUCUUCAGUCUGCUUCAUCUCCACCCAGUAUCUCCUAUCUUAGCAGUCCUGGACCUGGUUCAAUAGGGCCUGGAUCUGGUAGUAUCGGUCCAAGGGGAGGAUCAUCAUCAUCUUCAGAGAUCAGUGGAGGUGUUGUAGGAUCUUCUUUCACUGAUCAAUCAUUUGGUUGUGGAUCAGGGAGUACAGUGCCAAUCAGUGCUGUGCUUAAUGCCAGUGGGGAGGAUGCAAGCAGCUCAAAAGAAGAUGAUUCUAUCAGAAGUGAACCAGUAAGAGGUGCUAGUUCUACCCCUGAUCCAAUGCACCCGUCUCAGUCUGAACCUAUAUUCCUCAAGCCUGGUGAAUCCCUCUUUGUAGACUACCAAUCCCCGGUCAGUGGCCGUGAGGACCGCUCACCCAAAUCAGCAAAGAAGAAACCAAAAUCAUCUCCCUGGUACAGUGUGCUUGCCUCUACCUACAAGUCAAAGUGCGAGGAAUUCAGAAAGUUAUUUAAAACCAUUCCAAGCAAUGAAAGGCUUCUUAUGGAUUAUUCAUGUGCUUUACAGAAGGAUAUCCUGGUCCAGGGAAGAAUGUUUAUUACAGAAGGUUGGCUGUGCUUCUAUGCUAACAUAUUUAAAUGGGAAACUGUGUUGACGAUACGUUUCAAGGACGUGACAGCAAUCACCAAAGAGAGAACAAUUCGAUUCAUUCCAAAUGCUAUACAGAUCAGUACAGACAGUGAGAAGUAUUUCUUCACCUCAUUCAUGUCAAGAGAGAAGUCUUUCCUGUUAUUAUUCAGGAUCUGGCAAAAUGCUUUGUUGGAACAGACAAUGCCCUCAUCAGAGUACUGGAGCUGGGUCCAUAGUAACUAUGGGAGUGACCUUGGUAUCCAGGGGGAGGAGCUUCCCGCUGACUUCCUUGAAGCAGAAGGUCUUGAUAAUCUUGACAAUGAGGAUAGCACAGAAGAUAUCUCACAGAGUAUAGGAUCAGAGGAUCAAAGCUUUGAUGAAGUAUUUUCAGGUUCAAAGGAUGAAUCUCAGACGGAUGAUGGAGAUGGUAUCACAAUGACGGUCCCAUCUCAAGGCAAAGAGAAUGAAGCUGACAAUUCAUUAGAUACAACUGACGACAUAGGAGAAGUUGUUGAUCCAUUGAGUUCAUUAGACUUUGGAGGAAAGGAGAUUAUCAAUGAAACAUUUGACAUUCCUGUGGAUAGAUUAUUUACCGCCCUCUAUGGCAGUCAACAUUCAUUUUGUAAGAAGUUCUUGGAGUACAGGAAAUGUACAGAUAUAGAAAUAGGAGACUGGGUACGGCAUGACUCUGAUCGUGACAAGAGAAAGCUUAGUUAUGUUCUACAUCUUAAUACAUCACUUGGUUAUAAAGCUUGUGGAGUGGAAGAGAAUCAUAUGUUCCAAAAGAACUGGAGUAAAACUGGACAGAGCUACAUUGUUGAGAAGGAGGUGUACAAUAAGAAUGUGCCUUACUGUGAUUACUUCUACGUUCACACCUGUCAUGUAUUGACCAUGAUCUCACCUACAAGUUCUAGAUUAAGGUUUAUCAUGAGACUUGAAUUCUUGAAGUCAGCGCUUGGUUUGGUCAAGAGCUUCAUUGAGAGGAAUGUAGAAUCAGGGGUUAAACAGGGUGAAAGAGAAUUAGUGAAAUUCAUUCGAGAUCAUCUUGAAUCCGUUGCGCCACCAAAGAAGAGAAAAGGAAAGAAAAGGCGAUCACAGCAUCCAAACAGAGAAACAGAAGAGAAGAGGAGGACAGAGGUCCAACCACAAUCAACUACUCAAUCAGGGUUCCUUGCUAAUCUUACUCCAGUAUGGUUUCAACCAAACACUGAGACCAAACUGAGUCUACACAGUACCAUGGCAUUCAUAUCUAUCAUUUUGGCUGUAUUAUGUGUCUUCAAUGUAUCAUUAUUCCUUCAACUGAAGUCUUUAGAGGAAGGGACGGCUAGCAAGCAGGUUUGGUCCAGUGCUGAGUUUGUACAAAAACUUGGGGAGUUGCCCAAGUCUGAAAAGGAUUGGACUGUCUUAUUACAACAGCAACAACAAAUGCAUUCUAAAGAGAUGCAGAAAUGGAGAGAUAUAGUUGAUCUUUGCAUACAGCUUAUUAAACAGAUGGAAGCUACAUUAGGAGAGUUACACAGUGGGAUCUCACCAACUGAUACCAUUCCAAAUAUCAAGGAACUACUCCAACCUUCACUACAAGACAUUAAUACUGACCAUCAAACACCUGAUGGGGGAUAGUAAUCUUAUACCAUCUCAGGAAUAGAUGAAUUAGCUGUCAAACUGCAGAUGAGAGAGAGAGAUGGUCACUCUGUCUGGUGAUAGAAAAAUACAGGGUAAAAUGAAUUCAAAUUUACCAUCAACAGCAGCCAAGGCAUCAUCAUUAUAUCUCCAGGACAAUAUUACUGUUAUAUUCACCAUUUCUAUAAAUCUUAGUUUUGUUCAUGAGCAGUAUGAAAUGAUAAUUUUAAUAAUAAAUGAGCGAUGGUUAUUUUAUUUUCAAGAGAGUGCUGUGAAAGAUGGUCAAUUUGCUAUCAUGAAUUAGUAUUACUAUUGCCCUUAGGAUAGUAAUGUUAUAUUCACUUUAUCUAACAAUUAUGAGUAUAGUCAUAUGAGACUGAGUGUGGAAUGAUGAUUUAGCCUUCAGACAGCAAUGAAAUAGAGCCUUUUAUGUGAAAUAAUAGUAUAUGAAAAGUUCCACACAUACAUACACGAGUGUGUUUAUCUUCAUCAUCUUGAAGCAGCACUUACUCUUGAAGAAGAUGAGAGAUGGUAAUUACUUCUUUGGGGCAAUAGUAUCAUAUUCAUGAUAUAAUCAAUCAAAAACAUUUUGCACAAUGUAGUGUUCCAUUGUAAAUUUGCUAUUAAAAAGCAGAAGAAUCAUCAAUCAUGAAGACAGUAGUAUCACUAUCAUCAUAUAACAAUGCAUUACGUGGUAGGUGACAGAUGAUAAUGCCCAGGGCAAUAGUGACAUACAGUACUUCACCAAUCUAAAAUAUCUUUACACAAUUCAAAAUCAAAGCUCUGUUUAAACCGUCAUUUCAAUCAUAAUUCUCCUUAUCGCAUACAGCCGAUACAUGGUGAUAUCAACUGGUUCAAGUACCCAAAUAAGGGGUACUUUCGAUGCGAAAAGCUGAUCAUGGUUUCAGUCAUAGGAACCCACAGCAUUUCAGAGUUCAUCUCAGUUGUCAAACUGUCUACUGUUGAGGUUGAUCCAUGGUUGUAUAAACAAUUCUUAAAAUUCGGUAGAGAAAGAGAAACUCACACUUUCUCAAUCAGCUGAGCUAGUUCGCUGUAUACAGUGGCAUUGACCAGCUGAGCUAGCUAGCUAUAUACAGAAGCAUUGAUCAGCUGAGCUAGCUAGCUGUAUACAGUAGCAUUGAUCAGCUGAGCUAGCUAGCUGUAUACAGUGGCAUUGAUCAGCUGAGCUAGCUAGCUAGCUGUAUACAGUAGCAUUGAUCAGCUGAGCUAGCUAGCUGUAUAUAGUAGCAUUGAUCAGCUGAGCUAGUUAGCUGUAUACAGUAGCAUUGAUCAGAUGCUCCACUUACUGCAACUGGAAGUGAAUGUCCAAAUAGAAUCACCCUGGAUGUUUGAAAGGUCAUAUCUCUGAUUACUGGCUUGUAGGCUAAGGAGCAAUGCAUACCUUGAAGUCUCUGUGUGCUGCAUGCUGUUACACUAAGCAACCUAUGGUGCAUGGUGUAUGACAAAUCUUAAUUGUCCCCUUGUUACAUAGUAAAUAGCAUUUAUUUCAUCAGCACAGCUCAGGUAUUUCAAAUUAAAGAAGAGAUACACUAUAGUUCUCAUUCCAUUUUAAGCAAAUCUGUCUUAUUUUGUAAAGAGAAACUAAAAUGUUUUUGAGAGGAAAGUACUUGUUUUGUUACUUGGUAAUCAUUGCAGUUUGAAUGUAUUGAGUAAGAAAUCUGUAUGUUAUCAUUGAGAUGGGGCUAUUUUACCAGACUCCUUUAAUCAGGGUGUUGCAUUAUGGGUUAAAAACCUCACCAGACUUGAGGAGAUGAGGACUUGGUUAUUAACACUAUUGUUGUGUAUCUGCAUUGAUUAAAGGUUACAGUAUGUUGCUGGAUACAGGGUUCACGCUACGAAAUGGUUUUCUCCAACUAUAAAGUAGUUUGUGUUAAUAAAAAAAAAGGAAACUCCGCCUUUUCCAUACAGUAAUUUCCAAACAAAACAAGUUUAAGUGAAAUAAUUUGCCAAAAUGGGUAAACAGAAAUAUGUGAUGUGCAGUUAUGCUUGUUAAAUAAUUCAACAAGCUUAAGAUCUGUGAGUUGUGUGAUGUGACAUGAUAAAGGAAUUAUGACCUUACUAAUAUUAUAUAUAACUUAAUGUUUGGAAGAAAUUGGCCUUAAGCUUACUGACACACAAUUUUCUGGAGUUUGUUUUUUAAUAUACUGUACAUAUCACUAAAUCAGCCAACAAACGAGCUCCACUUCCAUCUACGGUUCAAGUCAAUCGCAGUAUGAAUCUGUGACUCUGGUCACUUAUUUCUGUGAUUUUCUUGACAGGCUUUAUUUGGGAUGAACAGAAUAACUAAUCAUCUUGAUUGUUAUAAGAUGAGAUUUGAUUGAAAAUAAGAUUCAUAUAUGUAAUGAACAUAUACUAGAGAAAGAAUUAUUAGGGCAUAAAAAAAUUGCCUGUUGAAAUUUCAGAUUUCAUUCUCUUAUGUCUGUAUUCACAAAGGAUGUUUCAACAAGGAGUGGGUACAUAACAUUUGGACUAUGAUGAUUUCACUGGAUCUGGUGUGUGCUAUGAAAGGCCCAAUGAUAAAAUGUGCAGUCUUUACUAAGGGUGCUAAAUACACUCAGAAUACAAAAUUUGUCAAUGAAAGUAGGAAGACCUCUGCCGAAAUGUUCUGCUCAUUUUGUUUGAAAAGUUAUGGUAUUUAAACAUAAGAGAAAGAUACUUUUAUGUUGUGUAAAGGUUUUCUCACAAAUACCAAGAAAAAAAAAUUGUUUUAGUACUUCAAGUCGAAUAGAGAUUUAUUUCCAACAUUGUAUUUCAGAAUUGUAAAGUUGUAAUGUAUAAUGUUUUACUGUUUUUUAAUUGGUUGCAAUGCUCUUAUGUAAUGCAGUCUAGCCAAUAUGUCUAUGUAUAUGGAAAUACUUUUACUUGCAUGUCAGCAUAGUUGAGGGCAAUGGGCUAUUUUGCCCUCAUGACAGCAUAAUUGCAUGAUUUUUGACGACCAUCUUUUCAAGUGUUGCCCAAGAUCUUCCACACAGAAUAUUUAAGAAUAUUUAGAUAAUCAAUAUUCAACAUACAGCAAAAAAAUAAUUGAAUAUAUUUGCUCAUUGCAUGAAAAAGUUGCCCUUGAAGAUUUGAUGCAACUUUUAUUUCCAUAAAUUCAGCAAUUUCCCCAAGAUAUAAACCAUUGAUUUAGAUUUCAAAGAUGAAAUUUGGAGUUUGGAUAAUGAAGAAGACUGUCUCAAAUUGAUUGAGAAAGUCUGUUUAUAAUAAUUGGUAUUUGCUAAAAAGCAAUGGAAUCAUCAAUAUGUCAACCAAUUGAUCAAUUAUUUUGAAAGUCACAAAUACUGCACACAGAUUAGUAUGUAUGGGACUACAUCAAAACUGUCAACCUCGCAGUUUCAGCUGGGUUUGUUAUAUUUAUAUAUUGUUAACAUUGACUUUUUGAGGAUAUUUGAAGUCAGAUUAAUCCCCUGAGUGAGAUAUUUUUCAUUAUAUUUUCGUAUAGCUCACUUUGAUGUUUCAGUCUUGAAGAAUUUAUCAUAUAAGUUGGUUUAUAUUGCAAAUUUAAUUAUUAAAAUACUAAAUCAUUGUUCAGAGCUAAAACUAUUUAUGACUUGUGCAAUAUGAUAUACAUGUAUAAAGAAUAUUUGAUGGGUUAUAUGGUACUAAAUGAAUAUAUUAUUCUCUAUAUGUCUAGAAUUAUAUGUUUUAGUUUAUGAUUGUAUGGGUGUUCAUUUCUCUUUAAUUUGUUUCCAUGUUGUGAAACCAUUUUUUUUUCUCUUUAGAUUUAAAGGAGGAGGUAGUUUCUUUUUAGACAAGUCAAUGUAAUGAAAGUCAUUUUAGUAAUGAUGUAUCUGAUUGAUCUCUUCUUGACUGUUUAUUUAUCUAUUUGUCUUGGGCAUUUAUAUUGUAGAACAGAAAUUUGUCCUUAAGAAAACCGGAUUUGUUCUAAGAAUAUGCGACCAGGUAUGGCAAACUCACUUAAAGUUGGCAGAAUGAAUUUUUAGUUAAAUAUCCUUACUGAAAGAGGAUAAUCUAAGGUUUUAAAAUGAUGUCUAGCUCACUAAUAUUGGAUGUUCCUAACCCUCAUUGACUGUCAUAGAAUGUUACUUUUGUUGUCCUGUCUAUUGAAGCACACUUACCAUCACUCACAAACGUGAUGAGGAUUAUUCUUUACGUAGCCAUCACUUUAGUUCAAAUUAGGCACAUCCUAUUCUUGAUUACAGAGGAGUAUCAAUGAAAGAUCAUAUCUAGGUUUUAUUUUAUUGGAGUUCAAAAUAAAGGGGAUAUUUUGGCUUUCAGAAAGAACAAAUUGACAAAUGAUUUCAAAGGCACAAUAUGGGUUGAAUUAAAGCUUUCAAAACAGCCAUUUGGAUUUGUUUGGUACAUUCAUAUUUUUUUAUAGAUGAUAGGAAAAAGUAUACUCUUUCAAAAAGUACUGAAAACUAGUUUGACUAAGCUGACCAAAACAUGUUUUUAUGUCCUACUACUGAAUAUCACACAGUGCAUUUUUUUUUUUUGUUUCCAGAUUACCAGUGCUUACUGUUCAUGUUUGGGAAUCACUCAGCUGGUCUGAAAAAUUACAUUUACACUUGUUUCGAGACAAAAAUAAAGAAAAGAACAUAACAUUUUAUUAAACGGAAUAUAUUUUGAGGUUCACACCUCAUCAUCAGCCUAAUAUCAUAGAACAGAGUCAUUAGUAUUUAUACAUUUGGGAUAUCUAGGUAAUUUCUCUUUGAUAAGGAAGGUUGACUUAAUGUAGACUCCACUAUAUUUUAUGAAUAUGAUAUGAAUUAAAUCUCCAACCCAUCAAAAAAGAAAAGAUCUAAGAGAUGACAAAAAUGUAUAUUGUCAAUUUAUAUAUCAGUAUUUAAAUUGCUAAACAUAUAAACUAUUAUCUUAGGCUCAUACCUGAAUAUUAUAGGGCAGUUCUUUCAAAGUAGCAUUGUUUUGAGUUCUUCAUGUUGAACAGUUUUAGCAUUAUCAUCAGUAGAGAGAGAAUAAAGGUGAUAUAUUUGUAUUAAAAAAAUUGAUUGUAGUCACUUCUACAUUGAGAGGUGUUGCUAAUUUGUAUUUCCGAAGUUGAAAAGGAUAUAAAUUUCUCGCUGCCUUCCAUUUAUUUAUAAAUAUUUGUAAAACUGCUGCGAUCCUUUUGCGAUGUGAAAGCUAGUCCAUGAAUAAAAUUUGUGUUUAGAUACACAAUACUAUGUGAUACACUGA